AUGGACAUUCUUGAGCAAGGAAGUUUACCCCCGCUGAUGAUAUAUAACAAAAAUACAAUUCAUAUUUUUUAUCGUGCAUUACAAUUAUUCAUAUUUGGUUGUAUAUUAUCAACUGUUUUAAUAUCCUGUCAAUAUGAACAUAACAUAAGUUUAUUUGAUUCACGUUUAUUAUUGAGACGUGCUAUUUGGAUUAUAUCAUUUUGUGGAUUUAGUGCUGUUUUUAUUGGUUUAUUUUAUCCAAAUAUAGCAAAACAAAGUGAUAUACUAUCAGCAUUAGAAUAUGAUAAAAAAAAACCACAAAUAUUCCGAUUCGAAUUUUUAUCUUAA